ACCCAGGUCUUAUGGCUCUCUUUAGACAGCUUAUGCAGGUGGUGUAAUGAAACAAUUUAACCCAUAUCCAUGGAGACUGGGGUUCAGAGGAAAGGCUGAGUUUCGGUGCUGAUAGGACGGGUAAUGUUGGUUAGUUGGGGGAAGCAACCAGAAGCAGUUAUGCAAGUCCCCUUGAUAACAUGAGAGAAUAUAUAGGCCAGAUGUCAAGGCAUUCCCCUAGGAUAUGAGAGACCCAGCUUAGAUCCCUGCUCUAAGUGAUAUUUGUACAAACUGGAACAGGUCCAAGAGGAGUUAUUGAGAGAGCUCCCACUCAAGCAGCAUACGCACUUGAACCCAAGUCUCCUACAUCUCACGUCACUGUGAAAACAGGAAAAGAUGCUGAAGUGUUGGUGUUUUUUCCUCUUGUUACAUUGGCUCAUCCAGCAGCUUGAUGCUAACCCUGGGCUCAAAGUGAGGAUCACGCAGAAAGGACUGGACUAUGGCAAGGAGAUUGGGCUGAAGGUCCUGAAACAAAGAAUAAAAGACGAAAAGUUCCCAGAUUGGAGUGGUCGGGAGAAAUCUGGAGUUGGGGAUGUGGACUACAUACUUUCAGGGGUAAGAAUUAACACCAUUGAAUUCCCAGAUGCUUCUGUAUCCCUCAUACCAGGGAGUGGGAUUAAACUAUCAACUCAACAUGCUUAUGCAACCUUCAAUGCAAACUGGAGUAUAAGGACCUGGUUAUUCAAAGACAGUGGAAGAGGUACAGUGUCCAUUUCAGGAGUGUUUAUUACAGCAGUCUUCACCAUGUCGCAAGACAACACAGGUCACCCAUCAAUGUCACUUGAUAGCUGCCAAAUGAGUAUUCGGGGUAUGGACAUCAAACUGAAUGGAACAAUCAGCUGGCUCUAUAAAUUCUUCAUUAAAUACCUGGAGAAGCCCAUUCACAGGAGCUUACAUACACACUCGUGUCCAAACAUCAGACAAGGGAUCCAGCGGAUUGAUGCACAGCUCAGAGCACUUCAGGUCCCAACCCAGAUCGAUGCCUUUGCACAAAUAGACUAUUCCCUAGUUAACUCUCCAGGAAUCUUCCAAUCGUACAUUGAUCUGGACUUAAAGGGUGCAGUCUAUCCAUUUCGAAAUUGGAGUGAUCUUGCCUUUGUACCAGCUCCCUUCACACUCCCAGACAAAAGCAAUUCUAUGCUUUACCUCGGCAUCUCUGAAUAUUUCUUUAAGUCUGCCUCACUGGCUUAUUACAAAGCAGGGGCCUUCAACAUCACCACCAUUGAAGAGCUUUCCAGUUAUUUUAAUGUCACUACAAAGACAUUUGGCAACAUCAUUCCCGAGAUUGCCCAGUAUUAUGUAGAGGCACAGCCCGCAAUGCUGAACCUGAUGGCUACUGCUGCACCUGUGGUCAGUUUACAGCCCAAUGCCUUUUCUCUAGAGAUCCAUGCCUCCAUGGAGGUGCUUGUUGUCCAGCCAAACUCAACCACCCAAUCCAUAUUUACAGUGAACAUAAUUGCAAAUACCAAUGCCAGUCUGACUAUAUUUGAACAGAAGUUGGUUGGCUCAUUAUGUCUGAACAGAUUCCAGCUCUUCCUGGCUGACUCCAGUGUUGGGUUCUUUGAGGUCUCACUUUUAGAGAAUUUCCUUUCUUAUGUUUUGCGGAAUGGAGUAAUCCCAGCGGCCAAUGUAAUACUGAAGAAGGGAUUCCCUCUUCCUAACCUGGACCAUAUUACCCUCCUCAGACCUGUUAUUAAAAUUAAUGAGGGUUACCUGCUCAUUUCCACUGAUAUUGACUACAACCUCUAAGGAAGAGAGCAUAUUUGAAUGAUCAGGAAGUUCCCAACCAACAACACGAUCCUGAAGACUGAACCACUCUGUCCCUUUGCUUUUCAACUUAAAAAAAAAAGAGCAAAGUUUUUAAAUUUAUGCUAUGAUUUUGGUAAAGAGGGACUAUUUAUAACAUGUAUCCAACAGAGAAUCAUGUAAAAACAUAUUACAUAUUUGGUAGGGGAAGUAUUUGUCAUUCAGGAGUUUGCAGGUAUUGCCAAAGCUACUAGUUUUAAAGGUUAAAGUAUAUCUCUGUUUAAGUAAAGCCUUUUUAUACACUUCAUAGAGGGCACAAUACUCUUUUGAGAAAAGGAAGGAUGUAUGCCAGCAAACUGCAAACACAGCUGAGGGCAGCUGCUCUUGUAAUGGUUUUGCUGUAGCAUAAACUUAUUUUUCUGUUUCCAACUGACUGCAUCUGUUGUGUUUGAAUAUGAAGUGGGAAGUAUCAAGUGCUUCGAUCUGAAAACUCUCUUGGUGCCUAUGAGGACUAAAAGUUCUUUGUGAAAGGAUUUCAUCAGAGUUUGAUGGAAGGAACAAAGUGCCCUGGCACUCCUUAACGGUAUUUCAAGAUGGGGACUAUCCUGAUGCCUUUGUUAGUCUAAGAGGGUACUCUAGAACAGUGUUUCUCAACUAGUAGUAUGAGUACCUUUAGGGGUACUUGAGAGAAGUCUGGGAGAUAUGUCAACACAACUGAAAUUUGGAGAAAACUGAAUUUUUGUUUUAAGUUUUACAGCGCUUUAUUAUUUUUGUACUUUUUACACCCAAAAAUUUCAUCAUCCGCCCAGCUAUGAUUAAGUUGUUUUAACAAAUGUCUUGUAACUGUAGAAAAAAUUGUGUAUGUCUGAAAACUGUAGGUACUGGGGAUACUUAUAAUUUUUUUUUUCAGAAAGGGGGUUCUUUAGGAAAAAAGUUAAGAAACACUGCUCUAGAACUUAGAGCUGAAAAGGACUCAUUAAUCUACUUCAUGCCCCUAAUGGUACAGAUUUAUUCUUUAAUACAGAAUUAUUCUUUAGUAAUUAUUAUUUUGUUAGUACUGUAACCGUAAGUUUUACAUGUGCCAAGCUGUGCAGCUACAAUAAACUUUUCUUGAGAAACUA